AUGUUUUCAAGACUUUUCUCUAGAAGGAAUGAGCUGGAAUGGACGCUAACGCCCAAAAGAUACGCCCCAGGGAGGAAUGAGCACCACACCGGGAAGAUAUUUCUACCGCAGCUCUGCUUGAUCACUUUGGUGUCAAAACAGGUAGACACUCCAUACAUCUUCAAAAUAUCAGCAAACGGAGACAUAUCGUAUACACACGUGGGUGUUCAGGAAUUUAUAGAUGAGCCAGAUGAGGCAAUUCUUCCCAACUGGCUGUACGAACAACUAGCACUCGACGGGAGCCCAGUUGAAAUAUCAUAUGUGUCCCUGCCUAAGGGCACAUUUAUUAAGCUACUGCCACAGAGCAAAGAUUUUCUGGAAAUAGAAAACCCAAAGAUAGCACUUGAGAAUUCUCUAAGAAACUACCAGGUGCUAAGCAAAGGGGACACAAUUUCUUUAUAUAUAGAAAGCGAGUUCAAGCACAUUCUAUUCACAGUGGCAGAGAUACAGCCAGAGGGGCCGGGCAUCAUUAUAAUAGAUACAGACUUAGAGGUGGACUUUCUUCCCCCCGCAGAUUAUGUUGAAAAUACAGCAGAAGAUGCAUCUGCCCUGGUGCACAUUUCCAGUGAUGAGACCGUUUCAAUUCACGAUCCUUUCUUUACCAAUAGCGAUACAAGACUGGGCGUAGUUUUUAAGCACGAAUAA